AUAAGAUCUAGGGUGCAAAAUGUCGGAUUUUAUGCCGCGAGAUAUUUUACCCGAUUUGUGGGAGGAAAUACUGAAACGCCAUUGGACUUAUUUGGAGACUGAGGAAAGUAUACACAAAUUGGAGGAGCGUAAAAAAUUAGAAGGAUGCUUAAAGGAAUUGCUGUGCAUUGUUCGACAUGAUCGCAAAUUUUUUUUGCCCGAAACCGCCUUGGUCUUAAAGAAUUCAAUACGCGAGCUUAAUGAUUUCAAUGCCCAGAAGGCUAUUGGGGCUUUCGAGGCCAUAAGUCAAUAUGCAAACAACCUAUUUACCAAACCAUGGCGUAAGGAGUUUCAUAUUUUAAAGAUGUAUUCGGGUUUCUUUCAACAUGAAAUUCACUCAAAUUUGAUAGAUGCCGAAAAACUAUUUGAGGCCAUGGGUUAUCGUCGUUUAUCAAAUGAUACAUUAAUUUUAGACGGUCCGAUAUGCCCCGACCAGGUUACCAACGUAUCACGCGACGCCAUGGCAGCCUAUGUGGAAUUGCAAAUAAUGAAGAACAUCUACAUGGCAUUGAAUGGAAAUAACAUGACGACUACUUGGCUGGAUAUUUUUCGCUAUCGAGAAAAACAUAUUGGUACGAUUUGUUAUUCUUAUUAUAUCUUUGCCUCUACUAAUCGAAAAAAAAUGAAAUCUUAUCUUAUAGGUGGUAUCUCACAAGCUGUAAAGGAUUUAAUCUAUGUGUCGGAAGAAAAACGUUAUCGCCUUCGGGAGAAAGCAUUAGCUGGGGCUGGAGACAAUUAUGGCUAUAUUGAUGUGCAGCCAUCACCAAGCUAUGUCCCACAGCCCACUGCAUGCCAAUGUGGUAAUGUUCAAUAUCAAAUACACCAACCGCCAAGACAAAGAAUAGCGUCCAAUGGACCCUGCUGUGUACAUGAAAUGCAACGCAGUCAUCCCAAUGCAAUGUUCGGUAAUAUGAAUUUCUCAAAUCAUAUUCAUUCACCGGCGGCUAUGGGAAAUGAAAAUAUAAGUCAUCUACCUCACUCUAGAAGUCUGGAACAUUAUAGUGAACCGGCAAGCAUGCAUCAGCAUAAUAUGUUGCCACACAGGCAUUCAUUUGAUCAUCAGCAAAAGGGCUGUACUGCUGCUGGCCAUCAUCAACACCAGAAUUACGGACAAAUGCAAAGAUUACAUCAUUCGAUUCAACAGCAGCAACAUUUCUAUCGCAAUCCUGCUCAAAAUUUCUAUGAAUCACCCUACGAGUGCGUAGAUGACACGUCAAUGGGAGGAGGCAGUAGCAUUUCUUAUGCAGCUGUGGCAGCCUCGUCCACUGGUCCUGAAAUUCCAAACUCGAAUAAUUCAAAUCCCUAUAAUGUAUCUGGUAAUCGUUAUCCCUUGCCGUAUAACAUCUCCAAUCAACUAUCAGCCUACGACAAAGUUUCUUCACACUCAGCAUUGGAAUCCUCCUCAUAUGGUCCCGACAAUCACAUGUAUGCCCAGGUCUCCAAGGUGCCUCAAGGAUACAUGAUGAACGCAUCGGGUAAUAUGAUGGGAUCUGGAGUUGUUUAUGCAAAGCCUAUGCAAGCACCCCCUUCAGAGCAGUUGAUUGAUUUCGAUGACCCUCCCAUUAUACCUCCACCACCAGCUGAACAAUUUGAUCCCUAUCAUCAGCAGUAUCAACACCACGAUGCAUUGAAGGCGAAACGCAGCAGUAAAGUAUAUGAAACGGAUUAUGGUCAAAGGAGAGAUCAGAGCUGUGGUAACAACGCAGCGGAUAUGUAUGUCUAUGCAAAACCAAUACCAAAGGAAAACCGCCAAAGUCAUAAACCAUCUACACAUAACUCCAUGGACAAGUCGUAUUCCAAAAAACCAUCAUACAAUUCGAAUGAGCGAGGUGGCGGCGAUUCCACCGACUUUAGUUAUGAGUCGGGCAACGAUGAUUUCUCGAAUAUACAUAGGCAACAUUCGCCGACUCAAUUCAGCAAGAAUCAAGAUGGCGUUGGAUCUUUCGAGUCGUGGAAUUAUGUUUUCAAAAACCUGGAACGAUCGGCAUACACAAAAAAUCUCGGCGAUCGGGAAGAUUUGCUGGUAAAGUCAUUACAUUUGGAUUCUAUGAAUAUAACAACAAACGACUCAACAACUACACCGAGCCAAACAAGUUCGGUGGAAAAGCGUAGAUCUAUCCACAAGGAAUUGGAAAACAACCAAACUGCAAUGCCUGCUACCAGUAAGCAGGAUGUCUGCACCUCUCCGCCAAACAAUAGUUAUAGUAAACAGCAGCAAAAGCCUCAGAUAGACAAUAAACAAAAAAUGAAAUCGACGCUGAAACAGUCUUCUCUUGCUGUCAGUAAUAACACCAAACAACAGCAGCAACAACAACAAACAAGCAACAGUAAUAGGAAAUCUGUAAAUUUGUCCAAAACUAACGACAAUAAGAGCAAGGCCAACAACAAUGAUAAUAAUAACAGUGUGGUUGGCGGCGGCGGUGGAGGCAGGCAGAACAAGAAAUCGUCCUCCACAACAAUCAAUGCAGUGAAAAGGGGAGCUUCCGAAGCAGUGCCCGCAGCCAAUAGUGCGACUAAUAUGCCGUCAUCGACGCAAAUAAUUGUCACGGGCACAAAUGAGUGGAGUUGCCGCUUUUGCACCUUCAUCAACCCGGAUUCAACGAGAAUUUGUGAGAUUUGUUGUCGCACCAAAGAUAAUAAUUUAAAUGCCUCAUCAAGUGGCGCAAACGCAACGCAACAAUCUGUGAAUCAUACAGCGCCAACAUGUGUCUAG